ACACGAACUGAUGAGCAAGUACUAGUGCUGGAGAAAAGGAGCUCUUUUAAAAUGAAGAAUAUUGAAUCAAUCGCUUCGCGAAACGAUUCAGUGAUUCGAAUCUCUUGAGUCGCCGCGCGCUGACGGUCCGCACAAUAGUGCCAAACACAGAAAAACUGGCGAAGUAACUGAGAUCUACGUGACACACUGUUAUAAAGAUGGCGUUUAUUAAAGAAGAGAGUGAAGACGUGAAGAUUGAAGAAACAUUCAGAGUCAAACAAGAAGAUACUGAGACACAAACAAAGAUGGAGUUUAUUAAAGAGGAGAUCGAAGAGCUGAAGAUUAAAGAAGUGUUCAGUCUGAAACAGAAGAUACUGAAGAACAAACAGACCUGAUGCCACUGAAAGAGGAGAGUCAAGAGCUCAAUGAUAUGGAAGAAGAAUAUCAAUAUGAGAAACCUCAUCAGUUCAUGGCUGGAGAAAAAUGUUUUAGUGACUCAAAGAUUGAAAAAACAUCCUCACAAAACAAAGGAAAUAAAAAAAACAUUAAAGCCCACAUGAAAGUUAAAACUGGAAAGGGCCCUUUCACUUGCCAACAGUGUGGAAGAAGUUUCAAUUACAAACAAGCCCUUAACAGGCACAUGAAAAUUCACACCGGUGUGAAGCCUUUCACUUGCCAACAGUGUGGAAGAAGUUUCAGUCUCAAACAAACCCUUGACAGGCACAUGAAAAUUCACACCGGAGAGAAGCCGUUCACCUGCCAACAGUGUGGAAAGAGAUUCUCUGACAGAACAUACCUUAACACCCACAUGAGUGUUCACACUGCUGACCGACUUUUCACCUGCUCUCAUUGUGGAAAGAGUUUUACACAAAAAAAACACCUUAAUAUCCACAUGAGUCUUCAUACUAGACAGUGCCCAUACACCUGCAAACAGUGUGGGAAGAGUUUCUCACAAAAAGGAAAUCUUAAGACUCACAUGAGAGUUCACACUGGAGAAAAGCCCUUCGCUUGCGAUCAGUGUGAAAAGAGUUUCACACACAAAAAAAACCUUAAUGUCCACAUACAAUAUCAUACGAUCGGAUUUCAAGAAAACCUUAACAAUCACAUUAAGAUUCACAAAAGAGAGGGGCCUUUUAUAUGUCAUCAGUGUAGAAGGAGUUUCAAAGACAGCAAAUGCCUGAAGAAUCAUGUAAAAACUCACGCUGGAGAGAAGCCUUUCAUGUGCGAUCUCUGUGGAAAGACUUGCGCAAACAAAGCAAACCUUGAGAAUCACGUAAGAGUUCACACUGGAGAGAAGCCAUUCAUCUGCCCUCAGUGUGGAAAGAGUUUCCCGUACAAAGGAAACCUUAAGAUUCACAUGAGAGAUCACACUGGAGAGAGGCCUUACAACUGUCUUCAGUGUGAGAAGACUUCUAUGUAUCACUCAAGCUUGAAACGUCAUUUAAAGACUGGCGCCUGUUUCACACCACAAGCUUGAGCUUCACGUCAGUGUUGCUGCAGACUCGUGAAAGUAUCCACUAGAGAGGUGCAGGGUCUAGUUGACUAAACGGUAGAGCUCCUACUAGUCGACACUGCAAACAAUUUGUCGAUUACACAAGAGAGGGAAAAAAAAUAGGAUCUUGUUAUUCAGAUUAACAUAAUUUUAAUGUAACAUUUAAAACAUUUUAAAUAAGAUAAAAUAAUUUUUUUGGAAAAAUCUUUAAAAGUGUAUCUGGGCGGAAACUACAUUUUUACCUCGCAUGCAUUUUCUUUGUGUUUGAGGCAGCGAGCUCAAAAAUGACCAAAUGGAAGACGAGCAAGGUGUGGGAUU